GAUGAACCACUCACGUAGAGAAGAAUGGCUGAAUUGAGAUGGCAACAGAGUGCACCAAGUAAAGGCAUGAGGCAACGGAGAAACCAGUCACGCAGAGAAGGCAAGAUGAAGCGGGUGUGUGUCCUGGUACUGCUGCUGGCGCUCUCCCAAGCCACAGAAGCCAGUAUAAUAUUUCCCGGCCAACUGGACCACGCUGAAGGGGAUGACUGUCCCACUAGCUCUGGCAAGACAGGCAAAUGUUCCCGAUCCUGUGAACACUCUGUUGGUGUUGAGGAGCCUUCUAGGUGCGGCAUUAAGGACUCCGCCUUCCUCGUCUGCUGCGACAUACCCUCGAAUCCCGGUGUAGUCACCGCGGCCCUCACGAACAUCAACCCCCCUAAUGUCGCUUUCCAAUGUGGAAGAAAUGCGCAAAACUUCCUAUCUUCACGUGGGUUUUCUCGCGGCAGUGUGCUGCGUCCUGAACCACCAACGCCUCCGAGUCCGAUAAUAGAAAUUUCAGCGAGUCGGCCUGCUCGGUCUGUCCCUGGUGUACCCUUGCCUGAGGGCGGAGGGGGGGAAACAGCAGCAGGAAUAGGGGGAGUUAACGCACAGAAAAAUGCUUGGCCCUGGAUGGCACUGCUUGGGGAAAAUAGUCCUGCGGGAAUUAGAUGGUUCUGUGGCGGAGUGUUGAUCAGCGAGCAGUGGGUCCUGUCAGCCCUCCACUGCUUCUUCCACGACACGGCCGAAGUGGUUCGCCUUGGUGAACACAACUACAAUGACGACAACGAUGGGGCGAACCACCAGGACUUUGGAGUGGCAGAGACGGUGCUUCAUCCUGACUUCAAGUUUGGAGAGGGUUAUCAUGACCUGGCCCUCCUCAAGUUGGACAGACCGGUCGUAAUACAGGAGUUCAUCAGUCCCGUUUGCCUGCCGUGGGGGACGGAGAGCGACAAGGACGUCACGUUCCGGUCGGCGACACUCACUGGCUGGAGCGACACCGAGCGAGGUGGGUUCCCUACCUCCAUCCUGCAAGAGAUCAACGUGACAGUGUUCCCGUCUGCCCAGUGUAACGAUAGCUACUCUACAUUACCUAGUUAUGAGGACACCUGGCCUCGAGGCAUCGGGGACGAGAUCCUGUGUGCUGGGGACCUUAACGGAGGGCGGGAUGCUUGCCAGGGAGAUUCCGGUGGACCACUUGUGACUGAGGAAGCCGGUGGACGCUUCGUGCUGGCGGGCAUCGUGUCGCAAGGAUACGGCUGUGGCCACAAGGACUACCCAGGACUGUACGUCAACAUGCGCUAUAAGCCUUACCUUGCCUGGACCAAGAAGAUCGCGUUCACCACACCCUGAGAAGAUGGUUUUCACUGCCUUGACUUCUCUCAUUAGUGGCACCAUGCCAGGAAAACGGAUGAAGUUGGAAUUAACCAAUCAGUAAUCAAAGUACCAUAAUACCUAUAACUUUUUGUAUCUUUAGAUUUUACUUCUUAAACCCACUAUGAACGGACAACUCUGUACAUCUGAUUUAUGAAAUAAAGAUGUGAUUAUCUUCA